AUGGAAAAAGACCGAGGGAAAUGUAAACAACAUCCAGCCUUUCAAGCAUCUUGGAUUCUUAUGCCUUAUUUACAACAAGGAUCAAAUGUACAACUUAACUGUGGUAAAGUAGAUGAUGAUGAUGGUCUCAAUAAUAAAAUAAAACCAAUAUAUAAUGAACCUUUUAACGAUUCCGUAGAACGAAUUCCUUCAGAUUUGACAGACGGUUCUUUACCAAACAUUAGCGAAAUAUUG